CAUCGCUCAGCGCGAAACUAUUCAUUUAUGACAGCCAUAAGUGCAUACAUUCCACUAGAUAACAUGACCACCAAUCAUUAGCUACAGAUAAACGAGGCUGUAUUCGCACUCACUGUAACGACCUUCGUGUAACGCGAAGUACAUGCUUAACCCAAUUAGAUGAUGAGAGAAUUAUAUCAUAACAUUGAGAAGCCUAUAUGAAAAUUUCAGGUAAUGGACAACCGAACGAAUGAGGAGAAUAAAAAUGAGCAAAAUUCGGGCAUAUUCAUCACGAAUUUUCAAAAUGGAGAAACAGUUAAUUACUCUCUUGUUCUGAUAAGAGGAUUAAUAACGUCCGGUGUUUGUAACAAUAAUGAAAAAGUAAGAUGUGUAAUAUAUCACAACGGAAAUGAAAACGAAUCUCAGUGGGAUGUUUACAACAGAGAAUUCAAAAUAAUAGUCGAACUCAAGCGUGGUGAAAAUUUAAUUGAUUUACAUUAUUUAAAUCAACAACUAAAGACAAUAAUAUUACAUUAUGAACCAAGAAAAACUAAUUUCAGGGUCACUCCUCUAUAUAUAAUAUGUCAAGGGCAUGAUGGAUGUUUCCAAUGCCCUCCAGAUACCGAUAACUCUAUCGAAAGCGCCUGUUCUCGAAUAUCAAUUGGAGCCAAACUGAUUCAAAGCGUCACUGCUGAAAAACUAUUUGAAAGUGGAUUUGGUAGAAAAACUUUUCAGCUUGAACAUGAAGUCAAUCAAAAGAAACCUGAAUGCAUUAUAUUUAAAAGCAAUCUUAACGUAAAUAAAGCAAGAAAAAUGAGACAAGGAGAAUUAUGGACAUAUUUCGGGAGAGAAAUUAUGCUGUCAGACUUAGGAAGUAAUGAAAGAAAGUAUUUAGGAUUCAUUUCAUGUACAAGGUUCAAAGGAACCGAUAUAGAUAAACCAAUGACUCAUGAAGAAACUGUUUCAUUUACUGAAGCAUACGCAGCAUUAGGAGGUGGAGGCUUAGCAUUGUUUGGAACUGCAUGCUUGUAUACUUGGCCAGUGUCUGUUAAAGAAAUUAUCCCGAAAUUCCUAGAUGCUUCUCCAGUGAAUUCCCGGCGUUUCAUGGAUGACAGUGGAUAUAGAGGAACUUUAGGAGGAUGUUUUGCAACAACACUCGGUUCAGUAUUUCACGAACUCGGUCAUACGUUUGACCUUGGCCAUACGAAAGAUGGAAUUAUGGGAAGAGGUUUUGACAACAUCGAUCGCGUAUUUCUUGUUGGAGACAAAAGAUCGGUACUCGUUAAAGAUAAUAUGAACAACUAUAACGGUAAACCAGUUCAACAUUCUACCGUUUCUCUUCAGCGCAAUAUAAGUGUUACCAUGAACGUCGCAGAACCGUUAAGAGUUUUAGGUCCACGAAGUAAAACCACGCUGGGCAACUUUGCUUCGAUGUCGAAGUCUGACAUUGUAAGAAGAAGUCCAAAUGUUACUCCUAUAACAAGACCUUCUAGUGUUUAUUCAACUAUAACAAAUAGACUUUCAGAUUCUAAAAAAAAUUUAAACAGAACUAAUGGUAACGAUUCAAUUUACUGGACAAGAAAUUGUGCUGUUCUUUUGUCAUACCACCGAUGGUUUAAUAAUGAGUAUGGUAGAGAAAGGCAAGCAAUAACAAGAUAUUUAAAAUUUGAUAAAAAUAAAAUGAUGAUAAUAUCUACAGCUGGAAUAAGGAUUGUCGAAGUUCGAGACGAGUCUAAUGGUAUGGUUUUGGAUUCGUAUGAAUUUACAAAUCGCUUGCCGGAAAAACGAUUUUUAGUGCCGUUUACGUUUUCUCCAAAAACGAAAGUAUUAACAAUAGUGGUCGAAGACGAUCUCGGAAAUGUGUUAAAACAAACGUUUUCCUAUUGAAAGAGAUGAAGUGAUUUUACAUAAGCUUAACUUAACGAACAUUCAGUGUUACACCCGACGUGGUUUCACAUCCUAUUACUUAAAAUUAUCAGAUUAUUUUUGACAUGUCCUAAAAUUAAGUACUAAAAGCCUCUAAUUUAGUAAAGAAAAAAGGUGUAAAUAUAAAAGAAGACUAAAUUGUG